UUCACUACAGUUUACACAGUACAAAAGACUUCUCUUUCUCUCCAUCAAUCUCUCUCUAUCUUUCUUUACUCAGUUCUCGAGCUCUGCAUAAGCGUACAGUGGCGAUGUCCCCGUGUUUCACGGUCCACCGUAGCCUAUGCAGAGCCCCUCUUGCAAUCGGCUUCCUUUACCUCUCUCUGCUUCUCUCCUCAUUCUUGAUAGCUCAUGCACAGGUGUUACAAUCCUGUACAGAAGCCACAAAUUGUGGGCCAGGUCUUUAUUGUGGAAAUUGCCCUGCUUUAGGCAAGACUCAACCCAUUUGCACCAGAGGCCAAGCUAUCAUACCUAAUUCUUUUAUAAAUGGGUUGCCUUUUAAUAAGUAUACAUGGUUAGUUACUCAUAAUUCUUUUAGCAUUGUCGAUGCACCUCCUUUGCCUGGUGUUCAGAGGCUUACAUUUUAUAAUCAAGAAGACACUGUGACAAAUCAGUUGAGGAAUGGUGUGAGGGGGUUGAUGUUGGAUAUGUAUGAUUUCGAGGGCGACAUCUGGCUCUGCCAUUCAUUUCGAGGGCAAUGUUACAACUUCACUGCGUUUCAACCUGCAAUAAACACUUUGAAGGAAGUGGAAGCAUUCUUGAGUGAGAAUCCAAAUGAGAUUGUGACAAUUAUCAUUGAGGACUACGUCCAUACUCCAAAAGGCUUGAUAAAUUUGUUCAUCAAUGCUGGUUUGGAUAAGUAUUGGUUUCCUGUGUCUAAGAUGCCGAAAAAGGGAGAAGAUUGGCCUACUGUGACAGAGAUGGUGCAAGAAAAUCACCGGCUUGUGGUAUUCACUUCUAUUGCUUCAAAGGAAGCAGAGGAAGGAGUUGCUUAUCAAUGGAAAUAUAUGCUGGAAAAUGAGGCUGGAGAUCCUGGGGUAAAACCAGGCUCGUGCCCAAGCAGAAAAGAAUCAAAGCCACUGAAUUCCAAAAGUGCAUCACUUUUUUUAAUGAAUUACUUCCCAACAUAUCCAGUUGAAACUGAAGCUUGCAAAGAGCAUUCAACUCCACUUGCUCAGAUGGUUGGUACCUGCUAUAAAGCAGCUGGAAAUGUGAUGCCAAAUUUUCUGGCAGUCAACUUUUACAUGAGGAGUGAUGGUGGUGGUGUUUUUGAUGCUAUGGAUAGAAUGAACGGACAGGCAUGCGGUUGUAGCACUGUGACUGCUUGCCAGGCUGGAGCACCUUUUGGAUCUUGCAAUAAUGUUACCAUACCUAAUGUAAGUCCUGUAACAAAUACCGCGGGAAGUACAAGCCCACUGUCAAAUACUGCAGGAAGCUUUACUGGAUCUGUUCAAUUCUCGAAAUCUGCAUCAAAAAUCCAAUCUCCAAAUAGCUCUGUUUUGUUCUUGUUCUUUUCUAUUAGCAGCAUCUUGAUCAUAUUAAGGAUACAGUGAAUGAUUUCUGGAUGGAGGUUAGGGAUCCACUCUUUUCCUUAGAUGGUUAGGGAGUUACUUCUUUGGUAGAGGUUAAUAGUUUCUGUAUGUAUUCUCCAAUAAUAACUGGUAUACCAUGUCCCAGCCUUAUUGAGAGAAAGGUAAAGGAAUACUUUUCAGAGAUAUGAAAUGUGAUUGUAAACAAAGAACUUUUGAGAUUCUUAUAUUGAGGCAAAAAAGUAAGGAGUUGCACAGGAA